AACAAAAGGAUAACCAUCACCCAGGGCGCACGUUAGAGAAAACCAACAACAAAAUACAACUAACCCACUUCAAGGGCGCCAAAAUUAACUUCCCACAUUUUCCAAAUGCGCCUCUUCCAUUCUCUCUCCUCAAAAAACCCCAUUUUCAUACCCGCCAAUACUUCAACCGCCAAAAAUUCUCCUUCAACCCGAUUUAAAAUGACGGGUGCGAGUACGGGUAUGGAUACGAGUGCGAGUAAUUGUAAGUCUUCCCUAAUGUGGUUCAGAAAGGGGCUCCGAAUCCACGAUAACCCGGCUCUCGAACACGCUGCUACGGGUUCAAAUUUUGUGUACCCGGUUUUUGUGAUCGACCCGCAUUACAUGGACCCUGAUCCAGAUUCGUUUUCCUCCGGUUCGACGAGGGCCGGGGUGAACCGUAUAAAGUUUUUGCUUGAGAGUUUGUUGGACUUGGAUACUAAUCUUAGGAAGAUUGGGUCUAAAUUGUUGGUUCUUAAGGGUGAGCCUGGAGAUGUCUUGAUACAUUGCUUGAAACAGUGGAACAUAAAGAAGCUUUGCUUUGAGUAUGAUACUGAUCCAUAUUACCAGGCUUUAGAUGCUAGAAUUGAGAAAUAUACAUCUCUAGCAGGAAUUGAGGUUUUCUCUCCUGUGAGUCAUACGCUUUUCGAUCCUAGAGCUGUAAUAGAUAAGAAUGGGGGAAAGCCACCUCUUACUUACCAGUCAUUUCGGAAGGUUUCUGGUCAACCUUCUUGGCUAUCUUCCCCACUUUCAAAUGGACCGUUGUCGAUUCCUUCCCCUGGGGAUGUAGAAGAUUUGCAGAUUUCAAAUGUUCCUACAUUGGAAGAACUUGGCUACGUAAAUGUUGGACAGCAGGAAUUUUCUCCUUUUAAAGGUGGUGAAUCUGAAGCACUGAAGAGGUUGAAGCAAUCACUUGAUGAUAAGGAGUGGGUGGCAAAGUUUGAGAAGCCCAAAGGGGACCCCUCUUCCUUUCUAAAGCCUGCAACUACUGUUCUAUCACCAUAUCUGAAAUUUGGCUGUCUAUCUUCCAGGUACUUUUACCAAUGUAUUCAGGAAAGUUAUAAGAAUGUCAAGCAUCAUACAUCUCCACCUGUUUCUCUUCUUGGACAGCUGUUGUGGCGUGACUUCUUCUAUACUGCAGCUUUUGGCACUCCCAAUUUUGACCGCAUGACGGGUAACAGAAUAUGUAAGCAGAUUCCUUGGAAUGAAGAUAGUCAGCUUCUUGCUGCUUGGAGAGAUGGAAGGACUGGGUAUCCUUGGAUUGAUGCCAUCAUGGUACAGCUUCAUAAAUGGGGCUGGAUGCAUCAUCUUGCUCGGCAUUGUGUUGCAUGCUUCCUUACCCGUGGUGAUCUGUUUAUCCAUUGGGAGAAAGGUCGUGAUGUUUUUGAAAGGCUAUUGAUCGAUUCAGAUUGGGCAAUUAACAAUGGAAAUUGGCUCUGGCUUUCAUGCUCCUCAUUCUUCUAUGAGUAUCACAGAAUCUACUCGCCGAUCACAUUUGGAAAGAAAUAUGACCCAAAUGGGAAUUUUAUCAGGCAUUUUCUUCCAGUAUUGAAAGAUAUGCCAAAAGAGUAUAUCUAUGAACCAUGGACAGCUCCCAAGAGCAUACAAGUAAAGGCUAAAUGCGUAAUUGGAAAAGACUACCCAAGCCCUGUGAUUUCCCACGAUUCUGCAAGCAAAGAAUGCAAAAGGAAGUUGGCAGAAGCAUAUGCGUUGAAUCGCCAGUCAAAUGGCUCUGUUAGUGAAGAUGACUUAAGUAAGUUAAAACGGAAAUUCGACGAAGAUCAGACGCAGGAACCAAAUGUUAAAAAGCUAAAGCUAAAGCAAAAGUUGAUUUAUCAGUAGACGAUAGACAGAGCAAGGCCGAUACUUUUGACUGAGAUAGUUGUGCACUUCUGCAUAUCCAAAAACUUGUCUUGUGGAAGUUCUUAGCCCAAAGGGAGUUCUGUUCUAGUGUUAAGCUGUUUAAGAAAAUACUUCACUUACCAUUACACAUUUAUACGACUCUUUCUCGUUUUCUGUUGGUUUUGUUUUCUAUGUAUUGUAAGAACUCUUAAAGUUUCGUUAA